UGACGGCAGACCCAUCUCCCACCCCCGGCCUCUACCCGGGCAAAGUGAACGUAGCGGCGCGUGCGCGCGUCUGGGCCAAUGCAACGUGCGGCGAACGACGCGCCGAGGAGUUCUGUCGGCUGGCGACUGAUGCGCGCGGCGGUUCGGCAAGUGUUCGCGGUGCGGCAAGUGCACGCGGCGAACAGUGCGCGGUUUGCGACGCGCGCAGCAGUGAUCCGAACAAGCGGCAUUUGGCGGCGUACGCAGUUGACGGCAGCGCGGGAAGAUGGUGGCAAUCGCCUUCUUUGCAGCAAGGCGCGCAGUACCAGUUUGUCACAUUCACGCUGGAUCUUAAACAG